AUGGUCUACUACUUCACUUCGAAUGUGGUCAGCCCAUCGGCCUUUAUUUACGUCGGCAAGGACAAGUUUGAAAAUGAGGACCUCAUUAAAUUUGGAUUGGACCACGAUGUCUGGUGCGCUUUGUCUCCUUUCGAUUGCCGGUUCCACGUCGAUAACUUGUCGAGUGCACAUGCAUACCUCCGUCUCCGGGAGGGCGAGACAUGGGAUCAGAUCCCCCAGCCACUUCUAGACGAUUGUGCACAGCUCACGAAAGCGAAUUCCAUUGAGGGAAACAAGAAGGAUAACAUCACUGUCAUCUACACACCAUGGUCGAACCUCCUUAAAGAUGGGUCGAUGGCCACCGGCCAAGUCACAUUCCAUAAUCACAAGCUGGUCCGCAAAGUCUUUGUGCCACAAAGAGAGAAUCCGAUUGUCAACCGGCUCAAUAAGACUCGCGUUGAAAAAUUCCCCGAUCUACGGGCCGAGAAGGAAGAGUUUUUGAAGAAGAAGCGACACGAUGAACGAAAGGUCCGAGAAGAGCAGCGCGCCCGCGAGAAGCAAGAGAAGAGAGACCGUGAACAGUUGAAAUGGCAAAAGAACCACGCUUAUGACGACAUGUUCAGCCAGGAAAACAUGGAGGCCAGCAACAACCAGGAUCGUGAUCCGGAUUUCCUCGACGACUUUAUGUGA